UCCGCGUUGGUUCGUUGUCAACAGUACAGCGGUGAUUGUUGUCGUGUUAGCGCGUUGCUCCUCGAGUUCAGUGAGUGUUGUUUUCAUACAUAUGUACAUACACACACAUACAAAUAGCACGGUCGUUGCUGUUGGUGACAGGUGCGCGUGUGUAAGCAACAAAUAAAAUAUUGAAAAGGUGAAAAAUAUAAUCAAAAAGCCGAAAUAAAUGUCAAACAAUAGUGCGGAAGAGUCGCGUAAUUCUUAAAGAUUUAUUGUUUUUGUCAUUUUUAAAAAGUUUUGUAAGGAAUAUUAUUGUUUCAUAUUUUGUUUGUUUUGUGGCAAUUUUUUUGCGGCGUCGUGCAGUGAACUGUGUGUGAAAGCAAAGCGGAGCGGCAGUCGUCAAAAAGUAGUUAAUCGGUCGGUGCGCUGCGGCAAUCAGUCAGUCAGCGUGUUGUUGUUGUAGUGUAAACAAAAAAUCGUGCGUUCUUGAAAGAAGUUCGAGAAAUUUGCAUAAAAAGUUGUGAAUAUUAUUGUUGUUAUUGCAUUGGCAAGCGAAGCGCAUAGCGCGCGUGUUAAGUGUGUGACGAGCGAAAAGCGAAAAGAAGAGAAAAUAACGAAAUUACUUUCAUAAAGUGCCGUAAAGCACAGCCGAUUGGCAUAUUCUUCAGCUGGCCUGCGACGCGAAUUUGUGGGAGAAAACGUGCGAAGCUGCUGGCGGAAAAGCGGUUCAAAACAAAACGCUCAAUAAAUUUAAAAAUAAAGUACAACCCACAAACGGCAAUUUCUGAAAGUGUAUUGGCUUAUGUCUAGCUGUCGAAAACCGUUAUAGUAAAAAAAUUUCACUUCAUAUAAUUAUAUGGCAAAAAUUUUCCGUAGAAGCAGAAAAAGCAAAAAAGCAAAUCUCAGAAGACUAAUAAAAUCGUGAUUUUGGAAAAAAAAGUAAGCAACGGUUAUAAAAGUGAAAUAGCAAAGUAAAAUAUGUGCAUAAUACACACACAUAUCUGUAACUCAACGAAAUCAAUGCGAGACUAGCUACACGCCACCAAGGAGAAACCUGUCAUUCGACGCACAACAACAACAACAGCCUCAUUAACAUACCGGAUUCGGUGUCAAAACUAAGCGGAAUAUACAUGCAAUCAAGAGAGUAGCAGAAGAUUUAAUGGCAUAAAGCUACAAGAAACCAAGCAAGAAAACAACUAAAACAAAAACAGCAAAAAUUUAAGUCAAUAAGUUUCACUUUCUUGCGACUGAUCGACAGUUUCGAAUCAAUUUCGACUUGGCAACACGAAGGUGAACUCAACAGCCUCCCGCGGCGCGUAGCUACGCGCAUAACCAACUAAUUAUUGCCAUACAAAAUUAAUUUGCGCUUAACGAUAACCAUCAACUUGCAACUAAGAACAGUUAGAUGUUCGGUUUAGAUUUUACACGAAAUAUGCAUCAAUUUGGGAUAACGUAUGAUGUACUGUUAUUCAUUGGAUUGUAAACGAACGGUGCUUCGUCUAUUGAAAGGAGAAAGAUAAAUAACAUCAAGAACAAAAACAACAACAAAGGAAACAAACGAAGCAGCAGCGCUGAAAUGAAAAUAAAAUUCUAUAUGGGAAGCACUAAGGAAACGACAUAAAAGUAAACAAAAUAUAAGAGCCUUUUCACCAGCUCGAGCAACAGAACGUGCCUGCGAAGAGAGAGCGGGAUUGUGAUGAGCCAAACUGAAGGCCAUAGACACAAGCACACAUACGUAUGGACUAAUGCGAUGAACCGAGAACGACAAUGCGGUUAAGGUCAACACAGUAAAAGCGCAAAAGAAAGGAAUAAAUAAAAGCGGAACACAACAAAACCAACUAGUGCAUAACGGUGAAAAGGCAAUAAAUACAAAUGAAAAGCGUGUGCGAAGAAACAGAGCAGAGACAGAAAGAUAGUCCUUGCAGUUUGUGAUUUUCGCGCAUAUUUUUUGUGAGCACUUGCGAAAGCAACGGUAAAAGACGCACGAAGAAGCGUACGAAUCAGUAAGAAAAACAAAAAAGUGAGAAGAGAAAAUAUUAUGCUGUUGGGAAAGAAUAGUUGAAUGAGAGAGCAGCGCAAGGUAAAUACAGCUAAUGCCAUUGACGUGGAAAACUGCAAACGUAAACAAAAUUUUAAGUGCGACGGGAAAGUUUUAGUGGCCAGUUCAAGCGAAGCGACCAUCGAGCGGAAGGAAGUAAGCGUAAACGGAGCACCAUAGAAGCAAGAAAAAACGCUGAAAAAAACAAAAAAAAAAUAGUUUAUGCAAAAUAACAAAGCUAAAAGCUGAAAAAGUUUGCAAAAAUUGUUUAUAAAAAAAUUAAAAAAAUUUAUGUCUAAAAAAAAAAUUAUAAAAAAAAAUUAAAACGGGAAUUGAAAAAAGACCCACGUUAAAACCCACUAAAAGCGUGCCGCAACACAUUUUAUAUUUUUCCUAACAAAAGUAAUCAGCAAAACAUAUCAAUAGCAUUUAAAUUAAGAAAUAAAAAUUUUGAAGCAUAUCUGCAGGCGCAAGCGUCUAUAAUAACAAGCGGUAAAGACACAGAGCGCUGCUUCAACUAAGAAAAACAGAAAUCACAACAGUGAAAGGAGAAAAGGAAUCACAACGACAAUAACAACUAACACUAACGCAUUUACUAAGCCAAACAACGACGCUGGACGCCCCACGGUAUGCUAACAAAUUGCGCAAAUAAAUAAACACACAUACACAAACAGCAAAUCGUAACGCAGCAAGUCGCAAGGUAAACGAAAAUCGGCGCUACGCAAUCAGCUAAAGCGACAAAGCAUAAAUUACAACUAAUUGAGGCAUACAUUUAGGCGCAUAAUAAACAAAUCUCAGCACAGUACUAGCGCAGUGACGUGACGCGCGGGCACACAACGCAAAUAACUCAUUUUUGCUGCAGAAGAAGAGCAACCAACAGCGCCGGCGAGUAAUUGCAAGAGUGUGGCAACCGUAGGGUCCAUGCAUUUAGAUGAAAUAUUGGCAAUAGCGACGCGUAAAAUAUUGAAAAGCAACAACUACUAGUCAACGCACAACACAAACACAAUCAAAACGCGCAAAUAAAGUUAGACGCAACGCACACAAACACACGAAAUGGCGUUCAUUUGGCGACGACGCUCCGCGUCCAUUGUGAAAAUCGUGGCCGUGCUCACCGCCAUCUGGUUCACAGUGGCGUUCUUCAUCUACCACGAUGAUGCGGCACAGGGUAGCGGCAGCAACAAAUGGAACGGCAUGUCGCUGGCGCUGAAAAGUGUCGCCGGUGGUGGUGGUGGCGGUGCGCCGCCUAACGCGCUCGACGCUGAGCAGGGCAUUUAUGAAGCCGGUGGCGGUUUUGGCGUUGAACGUGGCGGCGUGGCAGCGGACGAUGGUGGCGCCUACGUGGAGGGUGGUCGACGCGAACAGCGACGCGGUGUAGGCGAUGUGCCGCCACUCGAGCACAAUCAGCUGCUGGCAAAUGAAGAUAUUGCCCGACGGGCGGCUGGUGACGAUGCAGCCGACGCGAAUGUGGGCAAUUUCGCGCCAGAUCUUAAUGUGGGCGAUGAAUCAGUGCAGAAUAAUGUGGUGGUGGCGGCGCAACCAAACGAGCGCGUCUAUCGUGGCAAAUUGAUUGCGGGCAAUAAACCCAGCAGGAGCGCCAUCAAAAAGGUGCCCGAAGAUGAUGACAAAGGCGUACUCGUACCGCCAUCUCCGCCGAAGGAUGCGCCCGGUGAAAUGGGUAAACCAGUUGUUUUACCUACCAACAUGACUGUAGAAAUGAAGAAGGCCGUCGAUGAUGGCUGGACGAACAAUGCAUUUAAUCAAUAUGUAUCCGAUAUGAUAUCUGUGCAUCGAACAUUGCCAGAUCCACGAGAUGCAUGGUGCAAGGAGCCAAAUCGCUAUUUGGAAAAUCUGCCCGCCACCGAUGUCAUCAUCUGCUUCCACAAUGAGGCGUGGUCGGUGCUGUUGCGUACAGUGCACUCCGUGUUGGAUCGCUCGCCGCCGCAUUUGAUUAACGAAAUUAUACUGGUCGACGAUUUCUCCGAUAUGCCACACACCAAGCAACAGCUGGAAGACUACUUCAGCGCCUACCCGAAGGUGAAGAUAUUGCGCGCCCCCAGCCGUGAGGGUCUGAUACGAGCGCGUCUGCUGGGCGCACGCCACGCCACCGCGCCGGUGAUAACGUACUUGGAUUCGCACUGCGAGUGCACCGAAGGCUGGCUUGAGCCACUGCUCGAUCGCAUCGCUCGCAACAGCACCACUGUGGUUUGUCCGGUCAUCGAUGUCAUUGAUGAUACAACAUUGGAAUUCCACUACCGUGACUCGGGCGGCGUAAAUGUGGGCGGUUUUGAUUGGAAUUUACAAUUUAAUUGGCAUGCAGUGCCGGAACGUGAACGCAAGCGACACAAGAACUCCGCUGAACCGGUCUACUCACCCACCAUGGCUGGCGGUCUGUUCUCCAUUGAUCGUAAAUUCUUCGAACGUCUUGGCACGUAUGAUUCGGGUUUCGAUAUUUGGGGUGGUGAGAAUUUGGAAUUGUCUUUCAAAACAUGGAUGUGCGGUGGCACACUGGAGAUUAUACCAUGCUCACAUGUGGGGCAUAUAUUCCGCAAGCGUUCACCAUAUAAGUGGCGCUCUGGUGUGAAUGUGUUGAAGAAGAACUCGGUGCGUUUGGCUGAAGUCUGGCUGGAUGACUAUGCGAAAUACUAUUACCAGCGCAUUGGCCAGGACAAGGGUGACUAUGGCGAUGUGAGCGCACGUAGAGAGCUCAGACGCAACCUUGGCUGCCAGAGCUUCAAAUGGUAUCUCGACAAUGUCUACCCAGAGCUCUUCAUACCUGGCGAUUCAGUGGCGAAUGGCGAGAUAAGAAAUCUAGGCGUUGGCGGUCGCACAUGCUUGGACUCCCCGGCGGGCAAGCGGAACUUGAAGAAGCCAGUCGGACUGUAUCCCUGCCACAGGCAAGGCGGCAAUCAGUAUUGGAUGCUGAGCAAAGGCGGUGAAAUACGACGCGAUGAGGCCUGUCUCGAUUAUGCUGGCAACGAUGUGGUUCUGUAUCCAUGUCACGGCUCCAAAGGAAAUCAGUUCUGGAAGUAUAAUCAGCAGAAGCGUCAAAUACGACACGGUUCAUCAGACAAGUGUCUGGCCAUAUCGGAGAAGAAGGACAAAGUGGUCAUGGAGGAGUGUGAUUCGAAUCAACUGCGACAACAAUGGAAGCUCGAAAAUUACGAUCCAUCGAAAUUGUGAGGUUACUUUUAUGCCAACGGCACAGUUUUAUUGCCGACGCACAAGCGACGAAAAUAGCAUAAAUUACGCACAGGAAAUGCACAACAAAAACAGCAACAA